GGUGGGGCGACGUGGGGCGGGCGGCCGCUCCGGAGGCUGUGGGGGGCGGCGGGGCGGCCUCGAUACAGCCUGGGCCGGGCCCCGCCGCCGCCUCACCUGGAACGGGCGGACGCUUGGCUGCUGCGGAAGGCGCUGGAGGGCGGUCUCCUCUCCUGGUUCUGUAAUGGGCUCCUGGCCACCGGCAUCGGCAUCAUCUCCUAUGUCCAGAGCGACACCGGCCAUGAUGCUGCCUAUGGCUUUUUCAUCUUGGGGGGCCUGUGCGUUUCCUACGGGGUGGGCUCCUACCUGGUGAACCUGGUGCUGCUGCGGCGGCCCAUGAUGCUGCCGGCGCCCACCAAUGCCGCUGCCACGCUGCUGGCCCUGCUCUGGCUCUGUGCCCUCUCCCUCUACAUCGGGCGUUUAGAGGUGGAGAUCAUCCCUGAGGAGCCCCCCCAAAAAGUGACCCCUGGGUGGGGGGGGUAGAGAGAGAUGAUAACAGGGAUCCCCCCUCAGUGAUGGGGUGGGAAAAUACCCCCUGGGGGAUUGGAAACUGCCUUGGGGGGGGGGUAAAAACCAACACAGGGGGGUUAAAUCUACACUAGGGAGGAUUAAACCCACCCCAGGGGGGAUUAACACCCCCACCAGUGGGGAUUAAACCCCACCCCAGGAGGAUUAAAAGCCCCUUGGGAGGAUUAAGCCUCUCUCCCCAAGAGGAUUAAAUUAUUAA